AUGGCUGCUCGAGAAGAAUAUAUUGCAGCUUUGGGCAACACCAAUCGUAGUUUAAUGGACCCCGUCGAGGUACUAGCCAGCUUGUCCCAGGCAACCAGCAGCCUGGAAAUCGGCGACAUUCGGUUCGCCGACAGCUUGGCCACUAAAAGCAUGAAACUAAGCAAGUUUUGCGCCGAUAUACAGAUAGAAGCUUGGGCGGUUAGUGUUCCCCCGUCGUGGAGGUACAAGAAUAUCGCAAUCCGUCCCGAAAUCCGAGAAAUGAGUUUUGCCAGCGGUGUAUAUGGGCAACACUAUCAUAUUUAUGAGGACCUCUAUCUCUGCCACAUCUGGAAUAACUGGCGGGCUAUUCGAUUGGUCAUUCACGAAAUCAUAUUGAAUAGUGCGAGCCAGAUCGAAGGCCAGAAUUUAGAAUAUGAUGACCCCAUGAAUAUGAUCAACUAUGCAGAAAUUGUCACUCGCAGUGAGAAUAUUAUGCAACAGUUUCAGACAGAUAUCUUUGCCAGUGUUCCAUAUCAUUUCGGUGCCACGGAUGAUUUUACAGCGUCUACUGGCAACACGGCGGCGGGCUUCAGCGACAUUACGCCAAUGGCAGGCCACAUUUUGAUGUGGCCUUUAUUCCUUGCUGCUGACUGCAGAUAUUCACCCCCUGCGCUGCGAGACUGGGUGAUUAUGUGCUUACGGAAGAUUGUACAUCAAUUGGGUGUUAAUCAGGCUUUGGGUAUGGCUCUCAUGUUGCAAAAAGGAAUAAGCAGCCGGGCAUGGACUCAGUCAGACUCGGCGUCUGACAUGGCUAGCAUUGGUUCAUGGGAGACUUCUUCUCACCAAUCACAAACGGACAUCAACGCGCUUUUCCUAUCUGGGGCAUCGCCCCCAAAGUUCGCGGGAUUCUGCCACGCUGAUUGGCCACUGAUACAGAUCACUCGCAGCUACGGACAUGCUCAGCUUAUGAAGCUCAUCGUUGCUGGAUCAACCGGCUUUGUUGGCAGUGAAGUCAUCCGACAAGCCGUCUCCAUUCCGUCCAUCACUUCCAUCGUCGCCCUUGCGCGUCGGCCUACUCCUGUGCCGCAAAACGCUGGUCCUCGUGCUGAUGUCUCAAAGCUCAAGUCUGCGGUCUGCGAAGACUUUGAAAACUACCCAGAAAGCCUGCGACAGGAGCUUGCUGGGGCUGAUGCUUGUAUAUGGCUCGUUGCCGUGACUCCUUCAAAGUCGAAAGAAAUGCCAUUUGAGCGUGCUCGCAAAAUUUGCUCCGACUUUACAAUUGCUGGACUCAAGAUAAUGACUCCCAUCAGCAACAAACCCUUCCGAUUUAUCUACACCAGCGGUGCCAAGACUGAACAAGAUCCGGCAAAGAAGCCUUGGAUUCUAGGUGAUUACUGUCUAAUGCGUGGUCAAGUCGAAUCGCUUGUUCUAGACUAUGCAAAGCAGUCAGAGGACGCCGUGCAGGCCUGCGUCACUAAACCUGGUCUCAUUAAUGCUCCGGGUCGCCUGGGACUAGCCAUGAGCUUUGCCACGACGAUCGGGCGUACCCUUAUUGGUCUGCCCAAGGUCGAAGUUACUGAGAUAGCGGCCACGCUGUUGGAUCAAGCUGUGAAUGGAAUCGAGAAAGAGAUCCUGCUCAACGAAGACUUGAUCAGAAUUGGCCAAAAGGCCUUGACGGAGCAGCGAAAUCCUUGA